GUGAUGGCAGACGAUUCAAUUGAGUGUCAGAAAAAAUUCCUGGAUUUUCAUUAAUCAUAUGAUUGUUUUCAUUUAUUUCUGUAGAAAUAGGAAGUCGAACCUAUUUUAUUAUAGAUGACAAUAACGAGGAUAAUUCAUAUUUACAUUUUGAACAAUGAAUUCCAACUAUCUUGUGCCAUCCCUGAAUUAGCAGAGCUAUCCUUGACGCAGAUAAUGAAGUCAAUGGAUGCAAACAAACGUUUCUCCGUCACUUGACCUUUGUGGUUUGGAAGAGCUGAUUGCGUAAUCUGUAUGCUUCUGGUUCCCUUAUUACUGCGGCAACUUCAAGGAUGUAUAUCUUUAACUUGUGAAACCCAUUUCAUUUGAGCAAUGGCCAUUCUUCAUUAUGUGCUUGCUCUUACAAAUCUCUUUAUAUUCUGUACCCGAUUUUCUUAUGCAACUGACACUCUUGCCCAAUUUCAGUCGCUUCCUUAUGGUAGGACCUUGGUUUCCAGAGAUGGAAGCUUUGAACUAGGUUUCUUUAGCCCAGGUAGCUCGAGAAAUCAUUAUCUUGGAAUUUGGUACAAGAAGAUCCCAGUUAGAACUGUUGUCUGGGUUGCCAACCGUGACAAACCAAUCAAAGACAACUCUAGCAUGUUGAGCAUAAACAUAGAGGGACAUCUUGCCAUUCUCAGCCAGAAUCAUACUGUCGUUUGGUUGGCAAAUUCAAGAACAAAGGCCUCAAGUCCAAUUGUACAACUUUUAGGCUCCGGAAACCUGGUACUAAGAGAUGAGGAAGACCAGAAUCCUCAGAACUAUUUGUGGCAGAGCUUUGACUAUCCUUCUGACACCCUUUUGCCAGGAAUGAAGUUUGGAUGGGACUUGAGAACUGGUCUUAAUCGACGAAUAAUAGCAUGGAAGAGCUCAGAUGACCCAUCUCCAGGAGACUUCAUAUGGGAGCUUGUAAAUCAUAAUAACCCUGAGGGAAUUAUAUGGAAGGGCCAAACAAAGUAUUACCGGAGUGGUCCUUGGAAUGGUCUUCGCUUUAGUGGGGCUCCUGAGCUGAGAAACAAUAUGGUUUUCGAUUUCAGAUUUGUAUCCACCAAGGAUGAGGUAUAUUACAUGUACAAUCUAAGGCAUGAGUCAGUAAUUUCAAGAAUUGUUAUGAAUCAAACAAUAUAUGUUCGUGAGCGUCUCACAUGGAUUGAAGAAGCUAAAAGUUGGAGGCCCUUUUCUUCUGUGCCAAGAGAUGAUUGUGAUCAGUAUAAUCUUUGUGGUCCAUUUGGAAAUUGCGUCAUGGGUGAGUCACCAGUAUGCCAAUGCCUGAAAGGAUUCAAGCCAAAAUCAUCCCGGAACUGGGAUGCAAUGGAUUGGACUCAGGGAUGUAUCCACAGUGAACCAUGGAUCUGCAAGGUAAAAAACAGAGAUAAUUUCCUUAAAUUCGGUGGGAUUAAAUUGCCAGAUGCCACAAAUUCUUGGGUUGAUGGAACUAUGACACUUGAGGAGUGCAAAGCCAAAUGCUUGGAAAAUUGUUCCUGUACUGCUUAUGGUAACUCAGAUAUCAGCAGAGGGGGUAGCGGUUGCAUCAUCUGGUUUGGUGAUCUAAAUGAUAUAAGACAGGUUUCAGGUGCUGGGCAAGAUCUAUAUAUUCGGUCUGCUGUUCCUGAAACAGCUGACCGUGAAGAUGCAGAUGGAAAGAAGAUAAGGGUGAUUGUGAUACCAGUUGCCAUUUUCUUGGCUCUUGUGAUGUUUUUCACUUUAUUUUUCAUUUGUAAGAACCAAAGAAAGUCUGAAGUGGAAAUACAAAAAACUUUGCCAACAGAAGAUAAUGAUGAAGGCGCAGAAGACGACAUGGAACUUCCUUUCUAUGACCUGUCUGUAGUAGCCAGUGCUACUAAUGACUUCUCAACUGACAAUAAGCUUGGAGAAGGUGGUUUUGGACCUGUAUAUAAGGGUAUACUGGCAAAUGGACAAGAGAUUGCUGUCAAGCGGCUUUCACAAAGAUCCGGACAAGGAUUGAAAGAAUUUAAGAACGAAGUUGUUUUGUGUGCAAAACUUCAGCAUCGAAAUCUUGUUAAAGUUCUUGGUUGUUGCAUUCAAGGGGAAGAGAAGAUGCUCAUAUAUGAAUACAUGCCCAAUAAGAGCUUAGAUUCAUUCAUUUUUCGUUCUACUGCUCAAAGUGAAUUGCUAGAUUGGCCCAAGCGCUAUAACAUUAUAUGUGGAAUAGCUCGGGGGAUUCUUUAUCUUCAUCAGGAUUCUAGAUUAAGAAUUAUCCACAGGGAUCUCAAAGCAAGUAAUGUAUUAUUGGACAAUGAGUUAACUCCAAAAAUUUCUGAUUUCGGCAUGGCAAGAAUAUUUGGAGGAGAUCAAGUCGAAGGAAAUACAAGGAGAGUGGCUGGCACAUUUGGUUAUAUGGCACCUGAAUAUGCCUUUGAUGGGCUAUUUUCCGUCAAAUCCGAUGUAUUUAGCUUUGGCAUAUUGGUAUUGGAGAUAGUAAGCGGAAUAAAAAACAGAAGGCUGUCUUUGCCAAACGAGAAUAUUAAUCUUAUCGGGCAUGCAUGGAGGUUGUGGAAGGAAGAAAUUCCACUGGAAUUGAUUGAUAUAAACUUGCGGCAUUCUGUUGUUGAGUCAGAAGCAUUGCGCUGCAUCAAUAUUGGUCUUCUUUGUGUGCAACACCAUCCUGAUGAUAGACCAGACAUGGCAUCUAUUGUAUUGAUGUUGAGCAGUGAGAUUGCUUUACCUUGGCCAAAGGAGCCAGGUUUCCUAAUGAAGAACAUCUCAGUCAAAGCAACUUCCUCAUCUGGCGAUCUUAUCACUUGUUCCACCAACGAAUUAUCUAUUACCCUGCCGGAGGCCAGAUAGAGAAAGAUUUUAACUUUCCUUUUUUCUUCUAUUGAAAACGGAUCAGUUACUUUAUAGACUAGAACUCUCUUAAAUCGGAUGUUUGAUUUCAACUUAGCUUGUUGCUUGCUUACCAUUUUUAUGCUGCUAUGUGCUAUUCCAGUGAUCUUUUCCACACCUGAACAAAAGAAAUGUGACCUGUGCAUGACAUUUUGUUUUUGCUUUUACAUGACAAAAUGAGGAAAGUGUUCUUGGCCAGGAGUCUGAAAUUUUUUUGUUUUGGCAUGUAGUAAUGUUCUUGCUGUAUUUGAAGCCUUUUAUCUUGCUUUCCCAAAA